AUGGCCAAUCUCGAAUCCACAGAGCUAGCAUGGGCUCAGAUCGAGUAUCAGCAUCAAAUCCCAGAUUUGUGUCACGAGAAGAUGAAAUCCAAGAUGCAGGAGAUUAACGAAAGCUCAGACUCGAAGACUGUCUCGCUAUACCACAUGCUCCACGGGGACCAGCGAGAGAAGCCUCAAAGCUUGCCCUACGCACGCCAGAUCCCGUGUAACUUUGCUGCGGCAAACAACAAGGCGAAGUCUCCUGCUUGGUACUCCUUGACUGUCGAGGGAGAUCCCGGUCAAGAAUUCCCAGAUUCUAACGAGAUGCAUACACUCGGACCUGAUGGAGAAUAUGAAGAGCAUCCUGAUAUUCGUUAUAUGCUCGAGAUCAGAAACGGUCUUGUCAAGAGAGCCUCAAUCCAGGACGUCGAGAACCUGAAACUUCUCCAUGAUCUCGUCCUCAAGGUGGAAGCGAUCGAGAAGCAAAAUCUCGAGAAGCAAAUCCGUCCAGCAUCUGAAAUCCUCGAUGACGAGAAGAUCGAAGUUGGGACCUCGGGUACCUUCACAGAAAAGUCCAUUGCCGGCCUUCGUCAUGUGCUUUUUGAAUUCGUCCACUACGACUGGGAGCACAAGAAAAUAAGAUUUUACUGCACCACACACCUGGGUGAGCAGUGGCUGAGCGUGGAGGCCAAGUCUGGAUCUCAUCACGCCUACAAACUCAUACAAAAGUUGGAAGAAGUCGCAGGACUCCGCCCACAAGCAAGGCUUACGAUCCCAGUGGGUUCUGGUAGAAGUCUAGAGAACGAAGUUUUCGUGACUUUCAACAUUGUUCAUCCCCUGCCACACCUCGUUGAGAGCCCACGCUGCAAGAUCUCAUACUUCGUCGAGCUCUGGGAGGUCACUGAUCUGGCGACCGACUACAUCAAAGACUGGCGACCAAAUCCUACCGACUACUCUGAUAUCAUCACCUUCCUGGACCGCCUGUCAGAUGUCUGGUUCCAGGACCUCUCUUUGCUUUACGAGAAGCACAGUUGCCUUUUCCAGGAUCCAAAGAAAAAAGUCGCUACCCAAGUCGCAAGCAUUAAAGUCAUCAAGGCUCAAGUACCUACCUUCUGCAGUCUGGCAGUGCUUCCCCGCUGGCAUGGCAUUCCUCAUCUGUAUGCCCAACUCAAGCACAAGUGGGGUGUUACUGAUGAGGAAGCCGAGGAUCUGGAUGGGCAUCUCCAUGUGGCCUACGACGAAAUCCUCACAAAGCUCACCGGCGAGGAUCUGGAGCUGGACAAUUGA